AUGGAGGCGUUAGAGAGUGGGGCGGAAAGCGGGCUAGUGGAGCAUCAGCUGAAGUACUGUUCGCAGAUGCUGACGAGGAUGAAGAGGAAUGCGAAUGCAUCACCGUUUCUUGAGCCAGUAGAUCCUGUGAAGCUGGGGAUUCCGGAUUAUCCUCUGAAGAUAAAGCAACCGAUGGAUCUAUCGACGAUACGAAAGAAGCUGGAUGUGAAGGAGUACAAGCAUGUGAAGGAGUUUGAUGCAGAUAUGCGGCUGAUGUUCCAGAACUGCUAUGUAUAUAACCCGGCAGGGACAGUUGUGCACGAGAUGGGAAAGGCGCUUGAGGGGAUGUAUGAUGAACUGAUGGCAGGGAUGCCGAAUGAGGUGGGAAGGAAGAGGAAGAGGAGUGAGGUGCCGGCUACAGGAAGGGCAAAACAUAUGAAAAGAAGCGCAAGGGUAAGUGAGGGGAUGAGAGUGGAGGAGUAUGAUCUGUGCAAUGAGGUGAUUGCGGAGCUGAUGAAGGGAAAGCACAAGGCGUAUAACUGGCCGUUUCUGGAGCCUGUUGACGAAGGGCUUGUGCCUGGAUACUACUCUGUGAUUAGUGAACCGAUGGAUCUGCAGACUAUACAUAGCAAGCUUGAGCAGAAGAAGUACCAUGGAAUUGAAGAGUUUAAGAACGAUCUUGAGCUGAUUGUUGAGAACUGCAAGAAGUUCAAUGCGCCAGGAACGGAGGUUUAUGAGUGCGGAGUUGAGUUUGAGAAGGAGAUAGCAGUGCAGAUGCAAAGGGUGAUGCCGAACGAUGUGCGUGGGAAGAUAGCGGAGUUGAAGAAAAAGAUAGCAGGAUAUACUAGAGAAAUCAAGAUGUUAGAAGCAAGGAUGACAGAGCAGGACUGGGAAGGAUCGAGCAUGAAGACGUACUCGCUGAGUGAGCGAGUGAGUAUUGGGAAUGCAAUACUGAAUAUGAAUAGGAAUCAAACCGAGGAGGUAGCAAAGAUAGUUUUGAGGCAUGGGUCUGGAGAGUUUGUAGAGAACGAUGAGAUUGAGGUGGACAUGAGGACUAUUCCUGAUCAUGUAGUAGAGGAGAUUGACAUGUACAUCAACGGUGCUGAGGGAGAAGCCAGCGACACACUGAAAAGUGACUGA